AUGGCGGCACUCCGCUCUGUCUGCUUCACGUGUUAUCCCGCUGGCGACACACAACCGGCCGUCGCCCGGAAACCUCCCAGAGCCAAGAGUCAACCUGCGAUCGGCAGCAAAGAAAAGGAGAGCCGGAGACCGACAGGAAGACUGGACUGGACUGAGAGACAGAAGGACGUCAGGAGGACAAACAACCAGCAGAGCGUCGUGGUGGCCGACGCUGGCGUCGAGCCUCGUGUUGAGUCCGACAGGAGGCGGGGCCAUGGUGGGCGGGGCCCCGGUGAACGUCGUCGCGCGCGGUCAGCUGACCUGGAGAAGGUGCGCCGUUCACAGCUGACGGCGGCGGUGGACGAGCGCUGGACGACCGAGUACAUGCGCUGCUUCUCUGCUCGACUCAGGUAGAGAAGAGACUCCGCCCCCAAAACUUCAAAUAACCCUAAUAAUCAUCAUGUGACCUCUCAGACGACUACAUUACCCAGCAGCCUCAUAGUGUGCUUUUAAUGUUUAAUAAAGUGUGUGUGUGAGCGUGA